AGGAUGGCCAGAGUUACGCUUGUUGUCCUAGUGUAAUUAUUAAAAGAUAAUUUCGACCCUUUCAUAGUCAAAAGUGUACCUGGUGGGGAGGAAUUGGUGUCUCCCUAGUUCUAGUCGUUUGGUUUGAGACAGGGAGGAGGGGGCGGAGGGAGGAGGCGAGCAGGUGAGGGACGUUCUCUCUAAUGGGUCCCUUGCUCGACUUCCGGUGGCCUGAAGAAACUUAAUUUCGAAUCUGCAGAUCCGUGGGGGCAACUGCGAUUGCACCUUUGCUCUUUUAACAACCGCUGUGCUAAUCGAAGUGAUUAAGGCUCGUUUUUGAACUUCUCUCAGUAAACUGAGAAAGUAACAGUACUUCCUGAAAGCAUCAAGAAGAAAAAUGGUAAAUUUUACAGAAUUCUUAUGAAAGUCUUUCAUUAUAAGUAAUUUUUAGAAAUUGAGUCAAGGGAAAUAAAACUGCAUGGAAAUUUCAGUGACAAAACAGAGCAAUGAUAAUCUGUAGAAGCAUACAGUGUAAAGUGAUUUCAGAUUCUUUAUGUUUUUCACUUAAAACACAGAAUUUACCUUUUAUGGAAAAAGAUUGAUACAAGAUGGAUAGAGAUGGAAAGGUGGUGUUGCAGGGUCAGAAGAUCAUAGCCAGGUGUGAUCAUUUUAAUUGGAUCCUUUUGCUCUUGAUCUAAGGUGGACAACUAUUGUAAGAAGAGAAUUUUAAAAGGAAGCCUCAGAAGUUUUCCACCCUCUCUGGAAUGGGAAAUACAACUUAUCUCUCAGAGCUACUGUGUGGGUGGAUCAUCUCUGAAAUGGUGUUUCUUUCUGUUUUUAUUCAGUCGGUGACACUGCAUACAGAUGUAGGUGAUAUUAAAAUAGAAGUCUUCUGUGAGAGGACACCCAAAACAUGUGAAAAUUUCUUGGCUCUUUGUGCCAGUAAUUACUACAAUGGCUGUAUAUUUCAUAGAAAUAUCAAGGGUUUCAUGGUUCAAACAGGAGAUCCGACAGGUACUGGAAGAGGAGGUAGCAGUAUCUGGGGCAAGAAAUUUGAAGAUGAAUACAGUGAAUAUCUUAAGCACAACGUUAGAGGUGUUGUAUCUAUGGCUAAUAAUGGCCCAAACACCAAUGGAUCUCAGUUCUUCAUCACCUAUGGGAAGCAGCCACAUCUGGACAUGAAAUACACAGUAUUUGGAAAGGUAAUAGAUGGUCUGGAGACUCUAGAUGAAUUGGAGAAGCUACCAGUAAAUGAGAAGACAUAUCGACCUCUUAAUGAUGUACACAUUAAGGACAUAACUAUUCAUGCCAACCCAUUUGCUCAGUAGCUAUAAUAGACCUGGACAAAUACUUGGCAAACUAUUCAAGGAACACACCUAUUAUGGUUUACCCAGUUUUAAUUAUGUCAGAGAUUGCAUCAUUAUACAGCUUGUUUACAACUAAGAUCUACUUGUUUACAGCUAAGAUCUUCUAUGAGUUGGUGGUACCAAGGGAAGCCAAACAGCUUUUACUCCUAUUCUUAGAGGGUAUUCUUUACUGUAACUAUUACCUAAUGCAUUUCUUUAAUUUUUUUUUAAAAACCCUGUUUAAUUUUGUUUUUCCAUAUAAAUAUUCAUUUUAAAAUGCUGAGUCUCAAAUCCAGGCAUUGUUGAGCACCCUAAUUACAUGCUCCUACCAUAUGUAGUCCACAUCCUGGAAAUAUUAUUUUCUAUUAAUUAUUUACUUUAUACAGUUAGAAAGA